GGUGCACAACAAAAGUAUUAAUAACCGGUGGUCAUGUAUUAGAAGAUAUCAUUUACCCGAUACUCAAAGUGUUAAAACCUUGAUUUGAAAAACUUUAAAAUUAACAAUGAAUGGGCACAUUAUACCCAACAGCAAUAUCGCUGUGGAUUUUUGGAAAAUUAAAGGGCGUCAGGAUAACCUAAUUCACUUCCUUACUCACUUACAUGGAGAUCACAUUGUAGGUUUAACUUCAUCAUGGAAUAAACCCAUAUAUUGUUCAAACAUCAGUGCAGAGCUAUUAAAAUCAAAGUAUGGAAUUUCAAACAAGCUCCUGCAUAUACUUCCUCUCAAUGAAAGUGUUGUUAUUGACGAAUUGCCAUCUGGAAGUUUUUCAGUUACAGCUUUGGAUGCCAACCACUGCCCCGGAGCUGUCAUGUUUUAUUUUCAAGGGCCUUUUGGAAAUAUUUUCUACACCGGAGACUUCAGAGCUUCAGAGAGUUUAACUGAAGCCUGCUUUGGCCUGAAAGGGAAGAUAAAUGUACUUUACUUGGACAAUACAUUUUGCAGUCCAAAAUGUAUCUUCCCUUCCCAGGAGGAAUGCUUUGAUAAAAUAGUGGAGAUUAUUCAACAGCAUCCUGAUCACAGUGUUGUUAUUGGUGUUCGAAAUCUUGGCAAAGAGUUUAUGCUCGGAAGACUUGGUGCAGCUCUGAAUGAGACAAUAGCGGUCACUUCCGAAAUGUACAACUUGUGUAAAUUCUUGUUGGAUACAAAUGUUUUUACCACAAUUCAUUGUCAUGAAGGGUUUCGAUUAAGGACAAUACCAUUACAUCGAAUCACUAGACAGUACUUGCAAGAGCUCAAUCAAAACCAACCAUAUAUAGCUAUAAUACCUACUGCCAUAUAUACAGGUAUGUUUAUCUUUAUCAUUCAAUAUAUAUAAUCAUUGAAAAAGUGCCUCAAUAAUUAUUUAUUUUUAUAAUAAAAAAUUACCGGUUCAUUCACUUUAUUUAAUUUUUCAAUCAGAUAAUGAGAUUUGUUUGUAAUUAUUUUACAAUUGAAGAAUUGAACAUUAUUUUUUAAAUUAGUCAAGGGAGAGCAUUUUAUUUUAUUAAGUAUAAGUAAAAUUAAUAUUCACAUUGAAACUUAAGACAUUGCAUUUGAUGCAGGAUUUAUUUGUAAACACUUUCAUUUGCUCUGGAAUGUGAUGCAGACCCAUCGAGGAGAAGUAAUCUUUUUAAAAAAAGAUAUAAUUAUAUAAAUGCUGUAAAAAAAACACAUUUUUUUCAUUUAAAAAAUAAAAAUGUUUAGAUUAUUUGGUCAGUACAGGAAUAAUUAAAAUAAUUGUUAAAUCAAUGUAAAAAUUUGAUACAUUUUUCUCUAUUUUUUAAGGACUGGGUUUUGAUCCAUUCGCCAACUGUCCCGACAUCUUUGUAGUUCCCUACUCAGACCACUCCAGCUACACAGAGCUGCUUCAUUUUGUUUCAGUGCUACAACCUACUCAGGUUGUCCCCAUUGUGACAGGUUCUAAAGGACCUUUUUGCACAGACAUCAGUGAACGAACUGAUAUGUCAUGUUUUCAAUCAUUUCUUUCAACU